GAAGAAAAAAUAACACUGAAUAAAACUGCGGGACAGCGUUGUUUGUAAUCAUUUUACCUGGACCAAGGCAGUUAUAGGAGAAGAAUGGAUUUUAUGCCGAUUUCUAUGUAUCGUCCUGGGGGAUAUCAGCAGGGCACACCGUUUAGAGAUCUCCUUACGUACAUGCUACAUGAUGAGCUGGGUAUGCCAAUUGCGUAUCAACAACCCCGGAGAAGGGAGGCCCCAGAAAAAUGGCACAAGUCAUUCCGAAUGGACGGAUAUCACCCCGACGAAGUGAAGGUGUCCGUGCAGGAUGGUAUGGUGCAGAUCAACGCCAGACACGAGCGGGGGGACGAGGAUAACAAGGAUGUCAGGGAGUCCAGGCGGACCCUCAGAAUCCCCCAGGGGGUGGACCAAAGCAAGUUGCAUUGCUUCAUGGACCACGACAAUCAUUACGUCGUCGAGGCCCCUUUUCUCCCGAGGGAGGAGGAGCGCGAAGUAGAACUGAAGGUUCAAGACGUGCCGGCCAUCACCGAGGGCAAAGAUGAAGAAAUGCAGGUGGCAGAGGCAGGACAAGCAUUUAAGGAGAAUCUUGACCUGUCCGUGUUCGAACCCGAUCACAUUAACGUCAAACGGAAGGGCAACGUCAUUUCCGUUAGCGCGGACCACGACCGGGAGGAGGACGGGAUCAGAGUGAGGCGUAGCUUCUGUCGGGAGUUUACCGUACCCGAGGACAUGGAUUGCAGCCAGGUCCAAGUUUGCCGUGACCCUCAGGGUCGACUGACCAUCAUGGCCCCACCCUUGGCCGAGGAGGAGGAGAAGUAAUUGUGCGUCUGGCUGUGUUACAGAGUGACUGUUUUUCAUGACCAAAAGUAAUCAUUUUUUUCUUUUCAUGUUUUGUGCCAUAUUUUGAAAAAAUAAUAAUUGACAUAUUGCAAUUUUUGUGAAACCGGUGACUCGUAGCAACCAGUGUAAAUCAUUUAUUCAAUCAUAAUCUUAGUUAGUUAGCAAAUUAGUAAAACUAUUUUGUAUUUUCAGUAUUUUUAUUGUAGUUGCUCAUUUGUACGAUUGUGUUUUUGAUAGAAAUAUUUUUUUUUUUUUUGUGAGUAGUACUCUGUAUAUUGUGUUUAAGAGUUUACACCACUGUUGGUUUGGUUAAAAAUUAAACCAGUUCAUUAUCA